UAUAUUCUGAAAGGGAAUGUUAUUUUACAUAGUCAAAAUUUAUUUGCUUUCUUAACUUUAGGUUGCUAUGGGUAGAACAGACAUUGAAGACUUAGACCUCUAUGCUACAUCUCGGGAAAGGAGAUUUCGUUUGUUUGCUUCUAUAGAAUGUGAAGGGCAGUUAUUCAUGACUCCAUAUGACUUUAUUUUGGCUGUUACAACAGAUGAACCCAAACUUGCUAAAACAUGGAAGUCACUCUCCAAACCGGAAUUAAAUCAGAUGCUCUCAGAAACACCACCAGUUUGGAAAGGAUCAUCAAAGCUAUUUCGAAAUCUUAAAGAAAGAGGUGUGAUUUCUUACACAGAAUAUCUUUUUCUUUUGUGUAUUUUAACAAAGCCACAUGCAGGUUUUAGAAUAGCUUUCAACAUGUUUGACACUGAUGGCAAUGAGAUGGUGGACAAAAAGGAGUUUUUGGUGCUUCAAGAGAUAUUCAGGAAAAAAAAUGAAAAGAGAGAAACUAAAGGAGAUGAAGAAAAGCGUGCACUGCUGCGUCUUCAACUGUAUGGAUACCAUUCACCUACUAAUAGUGUACUUAAAACAGAUGCCGAGGAACUUGUCUCCAGAAGCUAUUGGGAUACACUGAGACGGAACACAAGCCAAGCACUCUUCUCAGACCUUGCAGAGCGUGUUGAUGACAUUACGAGCUUAGUAACAGAUACUACACUUCUUGUACACUUUUUUGGAAAGAAAGGCAAAGCUGAGCUCAACUUUGAAGAUUUUUACAGAUUCAUGGAUAACCUGCAAACAGAAGUUCUGGAAAUAGAAUUCCUUUCCUAUUCUAACGGGAUGAAUACCAUCAGCGAAGAAGAUUUUGCUCAUAUUCUCCUACGAUAUACGAAUGUGGAAAAUACGUCGGUAUUUUUGGAAAAUGUGCGUUACAGUAUAGCUGAAGAAAAGGGCAUCACAUUUGAUGAAUUCAGGUCAUUUUUCCAGUUUUUGAACAACCUAGAAGAUUUUGCAAUAGCCUUGAAUAUGUAUAACUUUGCAAGCCGUUCUAUAGGGCAAGAUGAAUUUAAGCGUGCGGUCUAUGUGGCUACUGGCCUCAAACUUUCACCACAUUUAGUGAACACAGUCUUCAAGAUUUUUGACGUUGACAAAGAUGAUCAAUUAAGUUAUAAAGAAUUUAUUGGAAUUAUGAAAGACAGACUCCAUAGAGGAUUCCGGGGUUAUAAAACAGUUCAGAAGUAUCCCACUUUCAAAUCCUGCCUGAAGAAGGAACUUCAUAGCAGAUAAGUACACGAAAAACAAAGUUUAAAGGAUUAUCUACAUGACAAAUGUAAGAAGCAAUAAUUUCAGAGAACAGAAGCAGAUCUGAGGUCAGAACUUGCAGAAAUGAAGGAAAAGGUGAAAUGCAAAUUCAGUUUUUUUCUUGAACUGAGUUCUUCAGCAUAAGACGGAUAAAAUGCGUCUUUUUACUAAGGACAGAUGCCAUGUGCUAGCAGGCAGGGCUUUUGCCUCGGUGCCCUGACCUCUGCACUCCCUCAUUCCUUUCAGAAGGAGAGAGAUGCUUCCCAUGACCGUAUAAGAAUGUAUUUUAAAUAUUUAAAAACUUAUUAGAAAUCUACCUAACUUCAAAUAUUGUACAUCUCUUGGAAUCUAGAUCACUUAAAAAUGAACAAUGACAUUUUCUUUGGUUUUAGACUGUGAACUUACUUUAAGAAAAUGAAUAUUCCUUAAGAUUGUCUUAGGGCCUUAGAAUCGUUGAUAAGCACCUAUUAUCUAGUUUUUAGUGAUAUUGAAAGUGUUUUGAAAAACAAAUAGAAAGUAACAUACUGUACAAUAUGAUGGUUUACAUUGUACUUUUAACUUUUAAAAGUACUAAAUUAACAUGCAUUGUUUUAGUCAUAUAAAGUUUUUUUUUAAGUUUUUGUUCAUUUACCAAGUCAACAGAAUGUCUGGUGUUCUUUUAUGUGUACAGUAAAGAAAUCGAAGAUACAGAUUUUUUUUUCUCAAAAAGUCAUAUAUUGAUGGUAGAAUAGUGGUAGUUGUAGCAUUAGUCACCGUCCCUGUCAAUAUUGUUUUAACAUGAUGCUGCUUCUGAUUGUAGAAGGUAUAUGUUAAUAACACUAGUAAAAAUAAUAUCUUACAACUCUAUAACUUAUUGUGCAUUGUUAGUAAAUGUCUAUAGCAUCAAAAUGAAUAUGUAAAAGACUAAUAUAAAGUGGCUUAAAGAUUUAUGUAAAUAUUAGGUAGAAGUUAAUACAUUGUUUCUUGGAAAAGGACCACUUGGAAAAGUGAUACCAAAUAGUCAAUGAAUAAUUUAAUAUAAUUCAUUAUUUCAGAAUAUGUCUUAAAAGAGAAAAUAAAUACUUUCUAUUAAAAAACAACAAAAUUAGAUUUUCACAUGGAGAAAAUUUGGUAGUACUUUAAUGGAAAUCUGUUCAAUUGAAAAGUUUAGUUUAUAAAAGGAUACUAUACAAGUGUAGAACAGUGAAUUUAAAUUAAUAUGUUAAUGUAUUAUAUGUAGAAAUGUUCAUUUAUCUUUUUUUCAAGAUGUAUUUAAUGUAAAUUGCACACACUCCAGCUUUUACCUUGCUUUUGCUUAUGAAAAUAGGGAAUACUGACUUUGUUUUUAUAAGUUAUUAAAUGUGAAAUUGAUAGCUGUCCAUAAGCCUGUUUAUAAAAGUAGUGUUAUUUCCAAGAAAAUGUUAUUAGCAUUGAGUAUUUGACUUUUUACAUUCUUUAUCUGAUAUUAUUUAUUACAUUGAUAUAGAAAUGUGAUUCAUAAAUGUGAGGAUUCUAUGUAGUAUAGUAAUUUAAUUUCACCUGCUUUCAAGGUUGAUUCAAUUGAUUGACUAAAUGAAAAUGCCUGUCCACUCAUUUGACAUAGCCAGGCCUAUGUUACCUUACCUGAAUCUUCUCAACAUUAUUUGCUAUCUAAAAUAAUUGAAAAAGUGCAACUUUUAUCUUUGACUAUAAGUUAUAUUAUCCUGCAUACAUGCAAAAAUUGCUAUUUAGAACAGUCCUAUAAAUGUAUAUUAAAAACUAAAUUAUCUCAUUAAAAUUAUUUAUAAUUCUGCCAUUCCCCCAAGGAAUACUACAUAUGCAGUCUUUAUUCUUUAUUGCUUAUCAGAGUGAAUGGAUAUUCGUCUGUUUAUAAGACUGUAGCAUAAUAUUAAAAUGGGAAUAAAUGAAAUAUUCUGGUCAAUUAAAAUGGAAAAGUAGUAAAUUACAAUGAUUCCUUAUGUAUUAUCACUCGUGAACUUUACCCCUCUAAUUAAAAUGAUAAAAAGAACUCAUUGGAUUGUUGUUUACAUCAAUUGAAAAAUGUUAAAUACUUUGAGAAUAGUAAUGUACUAAAUACAUGUAUGCUAUUUUUCUCAAUAUUUCCUUCUAACUAUUCUUUGAAAAGAUAAAACUAUACGUAAAAUUUUAGUAUUAUAUUCUUUACAGAGUGUCUAUAUGAUGAAAGGCUUGUGGUACUUCUCAGAAUUGUUUAAUGUUAAGAAAUUCAUUUAACUUAAGUUCCAGUGUAUUGUUCUUAUUAUAAAACAUAGUUGUAAAGCAACUUACAUUCUUAUACUGUCUUAAAAUAAAUAUACCUGCUCUUGAAUCAAGAAA